GAAGGGGAGGGAAGGGGGGGCGUGGGAGUGGGAGGGGGCAGCCUCACAAUCACGGGCAUUUUCCAAGUUGAGUGCGAUGGGAGGGGAGCGCUCAGUGCUGCAAGUGGACGCAGCGCAGCGGCUCGCUCUGCGCCGGCCGUGACGAGACGCUGCCUGUGACAGCGGUGUCGGAGCGAUGAUGAACGCCUUCAGUAAGUGCUGGGAUGGAUGAGGGAGGUCUCGUGUCGGAGCGGGCUGGUUUAACAGUGUGCCGUUGUGUCUCCUGGCGGCUCCGCGAUGGCGGUGGCACCUCCGUGCGCUUUUCCCCCCGCGACCCGGACGAGGGACACCGGCAGAGACGUGACACACCGGAGCCGCGGUUCCCACUACCACUAGUCUCGGAAUAGAUCGGCGAGGGAGGGAAGAGGACGCCGUCAUGGAGAAGCAGAGCGCAGUCAAGGAGGAAAUGCCGACGCCGAGGGAGGAGAAGCGCAAAGAAAAGAAGCCGAAAUCUGGGAAGCUGUUCCGGAAGAAAUCGCUGAGGUCCGUGGGGAGCUUCGUGAACAGAAUCAUCAAAACUUUGGGCACUUUCGCCCACUUUGGAGACGCGGACGCGCGCGAGGCGGCGGAGGACGACGACGGGGGCUUUCGCAAUGGCGCACCUUGCACCCUCAGCGCCGGCUCGGGAAUGAUCCACCAGGAUGCACAAGUGCCGUGGGCGAACAAAACCUCGAGCACGUCGUCCUCCCUGUGCGCCGGCAGGGACAAACUGCUCUGCCAGUACGGGGACAAAACCCCGGGCGUGCUGGGGCUGAAGAACCACGGCAACACCUGCUUCAUGAACGCCGUGGUCCAGUGCCUGAGCAACACCGACCUGCUCGCCGAGUACCUGGGGCUGGAGCGCUACAGGAUGGACCUGAGCCAGGCCGGAGUGAACGGGAUGCUGAGGGGGGGCGACGAGACGCGGCUCGCCAAAGGAGAAGUCACGCAGCAGUUGGCGUCGCUGGUCAGGGCUCUGUGGACUCUGGAGUACACCCCGCAGCUCUCCGUGGACUUCAAGACUAUCGUGUCCAAGUAUGGGUCGCAGUUCCGUGGUAAUUCCCAACACGACGCCCUGGAAUUCCUCUUGUGGCUGCUGGAUCGCGUCCACGAAGACGUCAUUCUGGCCUCCCACAAUAACAACAACAAGCCCAAGCCUCCUGGAAAGGGUCCCGGUGGAGCUGAGGAGGUGCCGUGUCCCGACUCGUUCCAGUCCCAGCAGCCCAGAGUCCAGCACAGCUUUGUCCAGGAACAUUUCCAGGCACAAUACAAAUCUUCGCUGACAUGCCCCCACUGCCUGAAGCAGAGCAACACCUUUGACCCUUUCCUCUGCAUCUCCCUACCCAUCCCUCUGAGGCAGACCAGACCGCUCUGUGUGAUCCUGGUGUUCAGCACCAAAGGCCAGAGGUACCUACGGGUCGGCCUUGCCGUGCCUCUGUUCGGGUCUGUGGCCUGCCUCAGGAGGAUGGUGGCGGACGAGGGGAAAAUCUCCCCAGACCAGGUGAUCCUGACAGAAGUUUACUCCUCAGGCUUCCAGCGCUCCUUCUUUGAUGAGGACGAUCUAACUAGCAUAUCUGAGAAUGACGUAAUCUACGCCUUCCAGGCUCCGCCGCUCUACAUCAGAGGAGGCUCUGCGCGGAUCUCAGGGUACCAUCACAGCCUGCCGUCCUCUCCAUACUCCACUGGUCCUGAGGGUCAGAGGUUACCUUCAUCUGGGGCUUUAUCGUCAGAGUUCCUCAACCAGGGAUUCCCUGUCAAGAUCCUGCUACUGGUGUGCAACGCUGCAGGGGCAGGCCAACAGGCUGUCAGGUUCGGACCUCCGUUUCUAAUGAGGGAGGACCGGUCUAUUUCCUGGGACCAGCUGCAGCAGAGCAUCCUCAGCAAACUUUACUACCUGAUGAUCAACGGAGCUCCGGCGCAGAAUACUAGAGUGCUAUUCAACAUCCGCGUGGUGGGAGGAUCGGCAUUUUACAGCUACCUGUCGCCUCAGGAUGGACGGCCACUCUAUCACCCCGCUGUGGACAGAGUCCUGAAACUCUGCGGCUCAGGAGGACCUCCCCACGUGAAGCUCAUCAUCGAGUGGGAACACAGGAUUAAAGACUGCCUGUUUGGGAACAUUCAGGAGGAGGUGGUGAAGGACGCAGAGAGCGUGAGGAAUCAGCAGCAGCAGCACGUCCAGCAGUACAGCUGCACGUUAGAUGAGUGCUUCCAGCUCUACACCAAAGAGGAGCAGCUAGCCCCGGACGACGCCUGGAAGUGCCCCCACUGCAAGCAGCUGCAGCAGGGCAUGGUGAAGAUGAGCCUCUGGACGCUGCCGGACAUCCUCAUCCUCCACCUGAAGCGCUUCAGGCAGGUGGGCGAGCGCAGGAACAAGCUGACCACGUUCGUGCACUUCCCCCUGGCGGCCCUGGACAUGACGCCGCACAUGGUGCACCGCAGCCACGGCGCCCACCAGCCCCCUCCUCCGCCGGGCUGGAAGCAGCCCAGGCGGCCGGACCUGGCUCCCCCCGACUUCCUGUACGACCUGUACGCCGUGUGCAACCACCAUGGUGGAAUGCAUGGUGGACAUUACACAGCCUUCUGUAGGAACUCUGUCGACGGCCAGUGGUACAGUUACGAUGACAGCACCACCGAGCCGGUUCCAGAGGCGGAGGUGUGCACACGUGGAGCCUACAUCCUCUUCUACCAGAGAAGAAACACGAUCCCCCCCUGGUCGGCCAGUUCCUCCGUCACCGGUUCCACCAGCUCGUCCACCUCUGACCACUGGCUGGUCCGACUCACGGGGGGCAGUAAGAGGGGCAGCGUGGUGUCAGGUGGACCCAUCCCUGUGCCCUUGGAGCCCACACAGGCCCCAGAGUCCCCUGAGUUGCCAGUGUUUGGAGAUGAACCGCAAAAAGCAGCAGAGACAUCUGGAUCUGAAACCCGGCAGUUUGUUCGAGGGACACAAGGCAGGAGUGUAAGCAUGAGGUCACCGACUAGGCCCAAGGAAACUCUGAAUAAAGUUCUCCCACUGCGGUGGUCCUUUGGGCCCAAAGACCGCGUCAAGCACUCAGCCCAGACCCAGUCUGGAGAGCUGGUGGAGUAUCUGGAGUCCGGGCGCCGGCCACGAUGUACCAAAGACCCUAUCAUCACACUGGUGGCCACUCCACCGCUGAGGAGUGCCCAGGGACGAGCCUUUGAGAUAGGACAGGAGUGCAGUUCACCCAGCGGCAGCAGCCUUAGCUGUACAGAAAGACUCAGCUGCGACAAUUGUUACUCCCCGAAAAUGCCGGAGGGACAGAGCAGAUCUUGUAUGGAGAGAAACAGCAGUCACGGAAUCGGCAACGGGACCAAUGGCAAAGGCAGAGAUGAUGAUUCCCUGAAGCAGAGAUCCUCUAAGAGAGGUAGGCCGGAGCAAGGCCGGACUCUGGAGUUCCAGCUGAUGAGAGGGGCAAUUUUAGGAGGGCAGAUCAGCCACAGUGCACCCCCAAGCAGAGACUCUACACUGAGAAGAUCCAAGGUCCAGACAGGAGUACCCUCCAGGGCACAAAAAGACUUCAUUCAAGCUGAAGACAGAACCAGUCAGAAGGGACAAGAGGGUCGGAGUCAAGACAGUCUUUUGUCUUUUUUCAAGUCUGGUUUCGUAAAGAAAGACAUCCCUAGGUCACCAAACAGGGGGCAAGAGAGGCGCGUGAAUGGACACGGGCAGCUGGGAAAGCUAGCCAGCACAAAUUUAGCCAAGCUGUCCCUCUCAAACGGGACGCUAACCGCAGUGGCUCUGGACGAGAGGAAGAGCAACGACACCCGCAGAGUGCACUUCGUCAACGGAAAAGCUGGGAGUCACGACCCAGUGGACAUCAAGCGUGCCCACAGCUCCAGCAACAUCCAGACAAAAUUGGACUUGACUUUUCGCAGGUGCGCGUCCCUGCAGAGGAACGGAGAAGUCACGCUCCCUCCAGCACACCGCGUCCUGCUGUCAGACAAGCCCGGAUACGCCACUCUGCAGCGGACGCGAUACAGCACCACCUCCUUGGUGCCUCUGUGACAGCCCAGAAGAAUGACUGCUGAACACCAGGACCUCUCUCACACGGCGUCCACAGAGCAAAGUACAUCUUCUAUACCCCCCCUUCAUAGUACUGUUAUAAGUUCUUACCUGUGUGUGUCUUAAACUAAAUCUAUGCAGAGUUGAAUUACUGAGGGAAAAAAUACUGCUGUAAUCAGAUAAUCAGAUUCGUCCCCCUUUUCCCAAACGAGUUGUUACAACAUGGCAUAUGUUUGAGUUUGAAAGUGGAGCCUGAUUUGGUGCAUGUUUUUUUUUUUCUUUCUUUUCAAAAGUCUGUUGUACAUGAAACCAAUGUCUAUCUGAAAAGUUUGAAACUGGCCCUGAAAUCAUGCCCUGACAGGAUGAAUGCAGUUUGCAGAUAACAGGCUAAGACAUGUAAAAAAUUGUUCUAAAACUCUGCAGAACGUACUAACACCGCACUGUAAGUGGGAGACCAUAACUCAUUUGCUUUUAUCAUUUAUUAUUAGUUUUAUUUUUAAUAUAUUUUUGAUGCACUUUCUUUAUGUAAAACAAAAUAAUAUUUUUGCAACAUGACCAGAGCAUACAUGCUAUUUUUUGCAUUUUGCCAAAAAUGAAAAAAAAAGACCAGAUUUAUCAUUAUGUUUCUUUAAAUUAUUACAUUUUUUUAUUUUUUGCAAGCUGCUGGAGAAGUUUAUGGAUUGACAGUAGGUGAAAUGUGUAAUGGGACAGAGUUGUGAAACCUACGGAAGCCAAGGACGACCACGUUUGACGUUCUACCAGAGCUCGUUUUCUUAUUUUAAUUCAUCUCGUUAUCUGAAGACCACCACCUGAUUUCCUCCUUCCACAUCAUCGGUGUCGGGGUGGAUUUAAAGUUUAAAAGCUCAUUUAGAAAUCAGCAGAAACACUUGAGGAGAAAUAAUAAAUGUGGCCACACUAGGAGAUUUUAAAAUAAAAGCAUUAAACUCAAGUACAGGAUAAUGCUUAGAUAAUGAUGCCAUGUGAAGAAGAUGUAAACAAAACGAAGGCUGCUGUAAAGACACACUGGUCCAGCAGGUGGCGGUAAUACACCUGCAAACUGGUUUGACUGUUGCUAAUCAAACCAAAAAAAGAGGAUGGAGAAGAAGAAGAAGAGAGAAAAAAAAUGACUGAAUUAAUGAAACAUUUAAUAUGGACAUUUUAAAUCUGUAUAAUUAAAAAAUAAAAUUUGCAAACAUGGCCGUUCUGGGCUUCCGUAGAAAAAACCCUGUCCCAUCACAAUAAGCUUCUCCUGUGGGUUUUGAUUGGAAGUGUUUCAUAGAGGGAUUUACGGCGACACCAGAGAAGAAGCAAGUGGAUAUAUAAACCAAUAAAAAUGCACAUGAACACACGGCACAUGUGUGCACAACCAUAUGAAAUAAUUACGUGUCCCAGUAGCUUUUAAAAGCAAUAAAAACAGAUUUUAUACGUCCUCCUCUGCUGCUCCGGUGUGUGGGUGUGUGAGAAGUGAAAAUGUAAAUAUUGUUUUCCACACUGAGGUUGGAUUUAGAAUUUUCCCUACAGAAAGAAUAAAACGCCGACAUUAUCACGACCGGAUAGAAAAGCGAAGCUCUCAUUUCUUUUUUCUUUCUUUUUUUGACGCAUUUUUCCCUCAUUUGGAAUUCACUGAUUUAUUUUCUGCAGCAACGAGGACGUGAUGAUGAGACCAGUUCACUUAAACUGUAAUAAAGCCACUGAAUCAGCAGCUGAUGACCCUGCUGCAAAUUUCAUGCAUAUUUAAUUCACAGUCAUCAGUCAAAAUCACCAUUCGUGUAUCAUUUACAGCCGCGGGGAGGAGGAAGCGUUAAAAAAAAACGUUAAAUCUUGUUUUUAUUUUCCUUUAGUUUCCACUUGUUUAACUAUUCAGCUGCUUGGUUGGUUUUUCCAUAUCACUGUACCUGUCUUCACCUUCCAUGUUUUUGUCAUUUAACCAUUUAACAACGCACCAAAACAUAAGUGAAGGCAUAUGAAGGUUGUGUCUGAGACUUUAUUUGAGAAAUAUAUGGCUAGACUAUAUUUUAUUAACUUUUUUAAAAGCCUAUAUUUUGUACCUGACUUGUAAUUAUAUGUAAUUUAAGACCGAGAGUGUAUGUUUCAGGUUACUGUAAGGUCAGAAUAGUAAUAAAUGAGUUUGAAUUGAACACGACACACUAAAGUUCUUGCAUUGGACUGUCUGUAAUGUCUGCUUAAUGUACUGCAAGUUUUACGGAUUGCGAAUUAAACACAGCUUUUUUCUCACAAA